GCAUCUCUUUGGUGGCAACAAAUAAAGAUUGGUAAUAUAAUUAGUUAUUUAAAUUUAGCUUACUGUUUGCAUAAUUUACUUUUUAUGAGGAUUGGGUGGGAGGUUUACGUGAAAUGCUAGAUUUGGAAGCUGUCUACCAGUUAUACAGGCCCAUGUCAUCAGAUGGUAGGAUUUCCAUCCAUCAUUCCAUGCAGCAGCCGCCCAGUAACAUGGUGCUAUCAGUUUACCAGCUUGAGAAUGCUGCGUUUUUUAGAGUUUAUGCUCCCUUUUCGGAUUACCUCCUUCCUCUAUUGCUUUCCUGCUCUCAGUAGUCUAUUUCUGGAGCGUUGGUUAUCUUUUUCUGUAUCUGUGGUUGAUGAAUAAUUUGGAGUUGUUUCUGCAGGUUCUAAGUUUUAGUUUCUUUCAUUGUAUGGUAUGUAAUUAAACUUAAUAGUUUUAU